CAUCCCUUCGUAUAAUCCACAUCUAGGGCAAGCAGGCUGAGAGUCAAUCCAGUGCUCAGCUUCUCUCUGCAGACUGGGAAAAGAGUGAGAGAAAGAAGGCAAGAAAACGCUUCCAGAAGCAGGAGGAAACGCAGAAGGAAGAAAUCUGGCAAGCAGAGACUUUCAGAGGAAGACCUGAUCACGGAUAUCGUUUAUAUAUAGAAAUUGUUUAUAUAUAUAUCUAUAUAUAUUUGUACACACGCAUAUUGAUAUUUAUAGAAAUAUAUAUGUAUACAUAUAUACCUGUAUAUAAUUGUAUUUGUGCUCGUCUGUUUAUAUUGAUAUUUUUAUAUGUACUUGUGUGUGUGUAAAUAUAUACAUAUAUAAACAAAUGAAUAUAUAUAUCUAUGAAUUUAUAUACAUAUCACUGUGAAGCAACAGAAGCAAGAAGAGAACUCGACCAUCGGGGCUGGUCUCUGAUUCCGAGAUCAUACACACUAUUUUCAGCAUUAUUUUUCCAAGCCUUUUGCAUCGACUGGAGGAAGACUACCAAGCUUUUUCUAUUUUUCAUCACCCUGUUGCUACCUCCUCAUCUCUUUUUGUGGAUCGCCAGGAACAAAGAGGAGGAUAACAGGGUUUGUGAAGAUUUCUGCCAUUUGUGCUGCCGUUCUGCGCGCUGCGUUUGAUCUGAGCAGGCAGCAGCAGCAGCAGUGAGAUAGAAAGAGACAGAGAGCGCCGCACCGCCUGAACUAGCCAGCAUGCACAAACAUCACCACUGCUGCAAGUGCCCAGAAUGCUAUGAAGUGACCCGCAUGGCCGCCCUGCGCAGGAUGGACGCCCCAGCAUAUGGAGAAUGGCAGCCCGAACCCUACGGAUACCCGGCCGGCUAUGGGGGUGGCCAGACCUUACCGCCCCAGACCUCGGGUGGAGGAGGGGGAAUGGGUGGAGGGGGCACUUUGGGGAGAAGUAAAGGGAAAAUGAUGUCAGCUGGGGGUCCUGGAGGUCCCAACCCUAAGAGCCAAUCCAAGGGCGGCCCCAAGGUGAAUGGUAACAACUCAGGAGGGCAAGGAGGAUGGUGGCCCGAGUGCACCUGUUCCAACCGGGACUGGUAUGACCAGGCAAACCCUCCCCCCAUCAUUGUGAAUGCAGACUCACUGGAUGCAGGCCCUUAUGUGAAUGGGAGUGAUGGCAUGUAUAAAUAUGAAGAAAUCAUUUUGGAGAGGGGUAACUCUGGCCUUGGGUUCAGCAUUGCUGGAGGAAUGGAUAAUCCACAUAUUCCUGAUGAUCCAGGAAUUUUUAUCACCAAGAUCAUCCCAGGAGGUGCCGCUGCCAUGGAUGGGAGACUAGGGGUAAAUGACUGUGUUCUGCGGGUGAAUGAUGUGGACGUGUCAGAGGUUGUGCACAGCAAGGCAGUAGAGGCUUUGAAGGAGGCAGGCCCAGUGGUCAGGUUGCUGGUGCGCAGAAGACAGGCUCCUCCUGAGACCAUUUUGGAGGUCAAUCUGCUCAAAGGGCCUAAAGGUCUUGGCUUCAGUAUUGCUGGGGGAAUAGGCAACCAGCACAUCCCGGGUGACAACAGUAUCUACAUCACUAAGAUCAUUGAGGGUGGUGCAGCACAGAAGGAUGGGCGUCUGCAGACGGGCGAUCGCCUAUUGGCUGUGAAUAACAUUAUACUUCAGGAUGUGCGUCAUGAGGAGGCUGUGGCCGCCCUGAAGAACACUUCAGACAUGGUUUAUCUGAAAGUGGCCAAACCGGGCCCAGUACAUCUCAACGACAUGUACGCCCCACCAGACUACUCCAGCAGUCUUGGCCUCCCUCCAGCCUUCCCCACCAUGGUGGACAACCACGUCGGACACAAUUCCAGCAUGGCUUACAUGGGGGGCAUGGAGCCUAAACCAGUGUACCAGCCGCCCCAGGUCACCCCAUCGCGGUACUCACCGGUCCCACGACACAUGCUGGGGGAGGAAGACUUCACCAGGGCCGAGCCCAUUUACAGUGCCAUCCACAAACCUCAUGGGGACACCAGCCCUCCCUCCCCCCAUCUGUGCAGCAGGGGGUCUGGGGAUGUGGGCUGCAGCCCCGCCCCGCCUGCUCUGUGUCAAAGCCUGGUCCCAUACACCGGCAGGGAGCCGCGGAAGAUCCUGCUGCACAAGGGUUCCACAGGCUUGGGAUUCAACAUUGUGGGCGGUGAGGACGGAGAGGGCAUCUUUGUGUCUUUCAUCUUGGCAGGAGGGCCAGCCGAUCUGAGUGGAGAGCUGAGGAGAGGAGACCGUAUCCUGUCGGUGAAUGGAGUAAACUUGCGCAACGCUACCCAUGAGCAGGCUGCAGCUGCACUGAAGAGGGCUGGACAGACGGUCACCAUCAUUGCCCAGUACAGACCAGAAGAAUACAGUCGUUUUGAGUCCAAGAUCCACGACUUGAGGGAGCAGAUGAUGAACAGCAGCAUGAGCUCUGGCUCCGGCUCCCUCCGCACCAGUGAGAAACGCUCCCUCUAUGUCAGGGCUCUUUUUGACUAUGACAGGACCAGGGACAGUUGCCUCCCCAGCCAGGGUCUGAGUUUCUCCUAUGGGGACAUCCUGCAUGUCAUCAAUGCCUCGGAUGAUGAGUGGUGGCAGGCACGGCUGGUUACACCCCAUGGGGAAAGUGAGCAAAUUGGGGUCAUACCAAGCAAGAAAAGGUACAGCACUGCCAACAGGCCCGGGGUGGAAAAGAAAGAGCGCGCACGGUUAAAAACAGUCAAAUUCCACGCAAGGACGGGCAUGAUUGAGUCCAACAGGGAGAUGUUUGGCAGAAUGAACGACAUAAGGCCAGUCAAGGUGAAGCGCAAAAAAAGCUUCAACCUAUCGCGCAAGUUCCCGUUUUACAAGAGCAAGGAGAAUAUAGUGCAGGAGUUGGUGGAGACUGAACAGUGCUUGACGUCCAACACCAGUGACAGUGAAAGCAGCUCCAAGGGUCAGGAAGACACAAUUCUCUCAUAUGAGCCAGUAAUUCGACAGGAGAUCCAUUACACAAGGCCUGUGAUUAUCUUGGGUCCGAUGAAGGACAGAGUAAACGAUGACUUGAUCUCAGAAUUUCCCCACAAGUUUGGAUCCUGCGUUCCACAUACAACUCGUCCUCGGCGAGAGAAUGAGAUGGACGGCCAGGACUACCACUUUGUGGGUUCAAGAGAGCAAAUGGAGAAGGACAUUCAGGACAACAAAUUUAUCGAGGCCGGCCAGUUCAACGAGAAUCUGUACGGGACCAGCAUCCUGUCUGUUCGGGCAGUGGCUGAAAGGGGCAAACACUGUAUCCUGGACGUGUCUGGGAACGCCAUAAAGCGACUGCAGCAAGCACAGCUCUAUCCAAUCGCCAUUUUCAUCAAGCCAAAAUCUGUUGAGGCCCUAAUGGAAUUGAAUAAGCGGCAGACGUACGAGCAAGCCAAUAAAGUCUUUGACAAGGCAAUGAAGCUGGAACAGGAGUUCGGAGAGUUUUUCACAGCCAUAGUCCAGGGUGACUCACUAGAUGAGAUCUAUAAUAAAAUCAAGCUGAUCAUAGAGGAGCAGUCAGGCCCUUACAUCUGGAUCCCGUCUGCAGAGAAGCUCUGAGCUGGCCGCCUCCACCUGACCCCCCCGUACCCACUCCUACCCGACACCUUCCCUCCUUCACUGAUAUGUUUCAUAUCAAGUUUUAGUGUCAUCAUUAUGUUACCCUCAAAUGAAAAUCGUCUUCUCACCAUUACUGUGACUGUGCACACCCCUGCAUGAGUUUCUCAGCAAUUCCAUUCAAGAUUGGAAAUGCCAUUCCUAACGAAAUCUUUUUGUCAUGUAAAACAAACAAAAAAAGGGAAACCUGAGCGAAUCAUUUCGGACAAGAUGAGAAUGUCUUAACGAAGUGACUUCGGGGAGUUGGAGAGCGGGAACCUUGUAUAUGUUCACUGAAAAAGACAUUGGAGGAUGCUGUGCGAGGGUUUUCUACGAGGACUACGCCUGCUGACGGUACCGUCGCUGCUCGUGCUCAUACGCAGAGAAACUUGUAAACUGAUGGUGAUCUUCAGUACUCACAAACCAGCUGGCUUCGAUCGGCUGCCUGGCCGUUUGUAUGUUCAGAGGCAGAACAAAAUGGAAAACGGGGUUUGAAGAAAUACAUUUAUAUUACUGAAAUCACAUGGAAAUAAAAAUCCUACAGAGAGAUUUUACUACAUAAUACGAAAUGAAUACGGUACACAUUUUACACUUAACUAGAACUGUCUACUUGGAGGGCUGUUAGAUUUCAUUUACUUGUCUUUGGGUUUUUGUGUUCUUUCUUUCUUGUGGUUUUAGCUGCUCUGUAUUAAAGAUGGGGGGUAGAGAGGUGUAACUGGGCUCUCUGCAGACCACCAAACUGCCUUACGACGACGAGUAAACGCUUCUGUAAAAUUUGUGGGGGGAUCAAUAAUAUUCAACCUAUCAGUGCUUAGCGGGAGACUCAGUUUUAGUGCUGUUUGUGAGUUUCCCGUCCAUCCUAUUGGAGGCCUAACUUGUGAGUGCAAUAGACUGAAGUGUCUUACCUCUGUAAAAUCCUUUUCUUUUUUCUUUUCGUUUUGCUUUGCUGUUUGUUUGUUUUUUUUUAACUUAAGCAAAAUCCAAUUUCGGCCACCAUUGGAGUUGAAAAGCAGACAGCCCACUUGCACUUCCUCUGCCUUCCAUGACUAUAUUCUCUUCAGACUGAACGGUAACAAGGUACUGUCCUGUUAGCUGCCCUGGAGUGCAGCCUUAAAACGGGUAGAAUCAAGACAAUAAUUGUAUUGGAUGUCCUUCUUAAUAUUAAAGCGUUAGUGGAGCCUGAAAUUGACAGUUUUCCCCAAGAACUCGACGAUGGUUUGAUUAAAUCUGUUCUUUGUAAUGACA